ACUUCCCCCGACCGAACGGUCAAAACUACCGUUCCUCCCCUCCCCCCGACCAGCACCGCCACCACCUAAUAGACAACAAUUGAAAACAUAAAGAAAAAAAAGAUCGAAACUUUCAUUGCCCCCGCAUCAAUGGCCGCGUGCCCACGUCCUCUCCGAUAGCCCCCCCACAACACCCUCUUGCCCGCCCGAGGAGGAGCGCGAUUGUAGGGGGCAGAUGGGUCUCGUGGUGUACUGGUACGACGCCGUCUGCUUCGGCAUCGUCGCCGCCUCCUUCCUCGGUUCCCUGUGGGUGAUAUGGCGGAAGGAAGGCGGGUCGCGGUUGGACGACAAUGCCAUCUUCCAGAGCUUGCUGUCGGGUCGGCCCGAGCCCGAGGGUGGCUACUUGGUGGCCAAGCCCCGGAGCCACGUCGACUCUUCUUGCCUGUGGACCAGUUGCUGGCGAGGGCUCCAUCCCGGUUGGCUGUUGGCGACCCGGCUGGGCUCGCUCGCCGUCAUGGGAGGCUUCCUUGCUUGGGACAUUGUGGAAUGGGACGCCACCAUUUUUGUUUAUUACACUGAGUGGACUUUCGCACUUGUCAUGGUCUACUUUGCACUGGGUACUGUGGUUUCCGCCUAUGGAUGCUGGGUGUAUUCAAGACAACCUUCCACUGGAAAUGGGUUGACGGAUCAGCUUUUGGAGAGAGAUUUAGAAGAUAAUCGAAUAUCAGCUACCAGUAAUUAUGGGGUAAAAGUAGUGGAAACUAGGGUUAGUAAAUUGAGAAGCCGCUACACGGAAGAGGAGAUUUUGCAAAGAGCUGGAUUUUGGGGAUAUGUUAUGCAAAUUAUAUAUCAGACUAGUGCAGGUGCCGUUAUUCUCACAGAUGUUGUGUUCUGGUGCAUAAUUGUGCCAUUCCUAUCCAAUGCUCAUCUUGGACUCAAUUUGUUGAUGGGUUGCAUGCAUACAUUGAAUGUGUUCUUCCUUCUGAUUGAUGCUUCACUCAACAGCCUCCCAUUUCCUUGGUUCCGGCUCGCAUACUUUGUCCUCUGGAGUUCAAUCUAUGUCAUCUUUCAGUGGGUCAUUCAUGCGUGUGGUUUCUCAUGGUGGCCAUAUCCAUUCCUCGAUGUAUCAUCACCUUGGUCUGCUGCCUGGUAUUUUGCCAUUGCCGUGGUUCACAUCCCAUCCUACGGCCUGUACGCGCUGAUCAUGAGGUCGAAAAACUCAAUUCUUUCCAGAUUGUUUCCUCAUUCUUUCACAAGGUCAUUCUAGGUUCUUCUUCUUGUGACCCGAUACGGAUUUUCCUUUUCGGGCCUUUCUGUUUGGCUGUGUGUUUGUUGUAUAGAAAAAGGAGAGAUUACACGAAACGCAAUUCAUCCUUUCUAAACGCUGUGAAUUCAACACCCUGUCGGACCCUUUUCUGAAAAGAUUGGACUGCUGCUUUUGAGCGUCAACCAAUGUAUAGACUUCCUAAUAUCAGAGCCAUGUUCCUGUUGGCUAAACAACAAAAGAGGAAGCCAUUCUCUU